AUGGGUUCGUCGUUGAAGAAGAAGCGUCGCAAGCGCCCGUCCAGCUCCACCGUCAAGGUCGGCCGCGUCAAGAAGCAGAAGCAGACCGUGAAGGUCACUCCCGUGCUCUUCCCGGGCGCGGCGGACCAGACGGGUUGGGACGAGGACACCACCCACCAGCUCAACUACGAGAGCGUGGGCAUCGCGUCCGACCCGAACAAGAUCGGCAAGACCGGGCGCAACUCCGCCAGGCUGGAUGAACCCAAGGCCGGCGUGGGAGGCGGGGCCGAAGGCGGCGGCGACGGCGGCGACGAUGCCGGCGCCGACGGGAAGAAAAAGAAGAAGAGGCUGCCGUACACCGCGAACGACGGCACGGUGGCGGGAACGGCGACCGUGGGGGGCGACGAGGUCCGCGGCGCGCUGGGGCAGAUGCGCAGUACCGGCGCGGCGGCGCCAAAGAGGCUCACCACCAAGCAGCGGAGGAUCGUGAGAGCGCUGGUCGCCAAGCACGGCCACGACAUUGUCGCCAUGAGCCGCGACAUCAAGCUCAACAAGAUGCAGCACACGGUGGCGCAGCUCAGGGAGCUCGUGGUGUCGUUUCUGGCGUACCCGGAGCUGCUUCAGGAGGGCGGUGGGCCGCUGGGGUUCAGGGCGCCGAAGAAGGGCAGCCUUAAGGGCAGGUUCUGA